AUGACGGUGACGGUGCGCCACGUGCUGUUUGUGCUUUCCCUCGCGCUGUGCUGCGCCUGCGGGUGCGUGGCGGCGGUGCAGCAGUACCAGGUACUGAGCGACAUUGAUGUGCCUGCAGAAUAUACCAACGAGAAAAUAAGAAGCGAAGCUGUUGAGGGAAUGCAAAUGAUUGAAGAAGCUUUGAAGAAGGCGCAGGAUGCCUCAGCUGAGGCUGCGCGGCUGUAUACAAUGGCGAGCGACAGUAUUGAAGCCGCAGAGGCCAAGGGCUCCAGCACCAGUGGGGGAGUAGCAGGUUCCUUUGAGGCAGCUAAAGCGAAGGAUGUGCUCUACCCUGCCCACUCUGCGAUGGGAGCAGUCGAGUACAAAUCAAAGUUGCUUGAGGAGACCCAUCGGGAGGCGAAUGUUGCUUACAAAAGUCUGUUAUCGAGCCUCUCAGUGGUGGAAACAAAACGUGUGGAGGUGUUUAAACAAAUGCGGACAGUCCAAUCGUAA